AUGAAUGAGUUGCAACAAGACUUCGUCCAAACACUGGCAUCACAGUACCAAGUCGACUUCUUCAUCGACCGUCCGUUCGAGCGACUACUUCCCCCAAGUUGGCAAAAGUUCUUCAGAAGCUUGGACAUCAAGACAAUCGCUACCCUUUGCGACCCGUCGACGCCAACAAAUUCGGUUGGAAGCCUCUGGCCUCUUGGGUUAUUGGCGCUGCGAUCCCUCUCCGCCGGUGCGGCGCUUUCGAGGCAACCACCGGGACGGCCCGCGGAUAUAGCCAAGUUAUUUGAAGUGGACCCCGACGAGUUGCCCCCGGACUUUUCAUUACCGUUGGGAAAUGACGGCGAACUCUCAAGGAAGAUCAAGGUGAAAAAGCUUCACGAAAUUGAGAGGAUCGUUGAAACCAUCCGGGUGGCUGGAAGAAAGCGGAAAUUCGGCACCGUCGUGGAUAUUGGAGCCGGAGUUGGUCAUUUGACGAGGGCCGUUUCAUUGUCAAUGCCCGUGAACGUGCAUUCGAUCGAGGCCGACGCGAAAUUGGUUUCAGCUGCAAAGAAAUUGGAUUCGAAUUUUACCCAGUAUCUUGCACAACCGUUCACGCCAAGUGCAGCGUGGCAGGAACCGGAGCGAAAGGCAGAAUUUGUUGAGUUGGAUGCGAAUACGGUCAUCCCCAAUCAAGAAGACGGCGUAUGCUUAGUCGGAGUGCAUGCGUGCGGUGAUCUGUCUUCGACUAUCAUCCGAAUGUUUGAAAAGCAUGAACAGGUGAGAUGCUUGAUCCUCUUCGGCUGCUGCUACCAUAAACUAAACUCCGGUGCCGACAAGCUUUACCAACAGUGCUGCGGCGACUCGAAGCCAAGGGAAUUUCCGGCGGUGCUUGGAUAUCCGCUAUGCCCGGACAGCUCGCCGAUUCUCAGUUAUGCUGCCCGUGAGCUGGCCUGCUAUGCGAGAGAGCAAUAUUUGACGGCGGUGAAUUUCGAUUUGCGACAGCAGAUCUAUCGAUCCUUGUUGGAAUGGGUAGUGGUGCGUGCGACCAUCGAACGGGCAGAAGGACCGGUACGACGUCUACCAAUUCGUGGAAUCCCAGCAACAGCUGCCGAUCUCCAUUUUGACGAAUACGUCGUCCAAUCUUUAAAACCAUACCCAGAACUCUACGAACGCGUCCGUGUAGUUCUCAACGAUUUGGACUAUGACAUUGAUGAGAUUCUGGAAGAUACCUAUCACCCCUUGUUGAAGCAUGUAUUGUUGAUGACCGCGUCCGGAAAAUUCGUCAAUCCGGUCAUACUGCCAUUGCCCUCCCACUUUUUGAUUCUG